GGCGGCGGCCCUGUCAAGCAACAAAGUAAAUUGCACGCUGGACGCACAGGGCCGCUGCCAAGCAAGCCCAGCCAGCCUUGUGAAGCAAAGGGGGUUAAAUAGACGGGAGAUUAAGUAUCCAAAGGACCUUUGCAAUGAUGAAACGUGGCUCUCUGCGCGACUCCUGCCAAUGUGUGCGAAUGCCAAUGCUAUGGUUUUGAAGGAUAUUAAAACGUGCGAUUUCGUUUGGUUUGGUUUCAUCUGUUCUGUUCUCUUCAUUUAAGUACUGUCUUCGACUUUCAAUCUGCGCUGCGAGAUCCCUGAGUCGCGGUGUAUAUACGUAGUGAGCAGAAAGAGCUAGGAAAGGACAGGAACAGAGCAAAACGACAAUGGCAAGACUACAUAGACAAGCAUUACCACGGCGCCAUAAACAGCAACGCAAACCCCGCGUCCCGCUCUUCCUCUCGGCCCUCCUCGUCACAGCAGCCGCAACACCCUCGACAGCAGCAGACGCGCUACCCCGCAGCGCGGUGAUCCAAGACGGCCUCACCCACAAACCAGCCUCCACAUGUCCCGCGUCCCAGGAAAACCAGCCAUGGUACACGUUCCCGUGGACACACACGCCAACAUGCGUUGACGUCGUCUUCGCCGACGACCCAGAAGACGGCAGCGCAGGCCUGGAAACCGCGCAAACCCUCUGCGCAUACUCCAACGCGCGCUACAACAACGGGCGCGGCGUCAGUUUCGUGGCGACCCCGGAUGUCGCGGCCAGCGUGACUAUGGAGGCGUUUGGCAUGGCCAUUGGCGGGCUGGACGGCACCGUCGGGCGCGAAAUGGGCAUGUGGGAAGUGCGGGACGCGGGGGAAAAGGGAAAAGGGAUGUUUGUAAAAGGCGAUAUUGGGCUUGUUUUCGCGGGCGAAAGCGUCGUGCUGCAUACGCCUGUGCUGCUUGUUUCCAGGGCGCUGCUGGAUGCGAAGAGGACGCUUGCGACGAGCCGUGUGUUGAGGAGCGCCGUGGAGCAGUUACCUGCUGCGACGAGAGAUGCCGUUUUGGAGCUGAGUGGAGGCCCGGAGCUUGAGCAGCUCGUUGCGACGAAUGCGGUGGCCGUCAAGUGGCCGUGGGUCGACGAAGUUCCGGAGUUGUUCAGCGUUGUUCCUGAGGUUGCGCGUAUCAAUCACGCGUGUCGUCCGAAUACCCGCUGGCGCUUCAACGACUACACGCUUUCCUUCGAGGUGUUUGCGCUCCGCAACAUCAAGCCGGGGGAGGAGAUAACACGGAGCUAUGGCUUUGAACUGCGGCCGCACCACCGACGCAUGCGUUCUCUCGAAGCCAACUUCAACUUCAGCUGCAAAUGCUCUUUAUGCCAGGCGUCUGACGAGGAGCUCGAAGCGUCAGCCGAUCGCAUCAGCGAGAUCAAAGCGCUGAAAUCCAGCUUACCCACCGACCCGGCCUCUGCGCCGCGGCUGCUCGAACUGCUACCCAAGCUGAUCCGGCAGCUGGAAGACGAGGGGCUCGUCGCUGAGCUCCCGCAGUACGAAGAGAGCCUCGCCUACACGUGGAGCCAGUUUGGGUUUGAGCACCGCGCAAAGUACUGGGCGGACCGCGCGGAAAAGCACUGGGCGGUUGUCGCGGGCAAGGAGAGCUGGGAGCGUGUGCGCUGCAUAGAGCUCGCCAAGGAUGUCAAGGCGCAUCAGACGUGGAGGACGUGGAAAGGCGAGCCUUGGGUGGAUUCGAAGGAUGAUGAUGCACAUGAGCAGUGA